CAGGAACUGCCAACUCAGGGAGUGCAGACAUGUCUGCUGUGAUCUGAAGAUCAGUUUCUGUGCUGCAUCUGUCUGGAUGUGUUCACUGAUCCAGUCAGCACACCAUGUGGACACAACUUCUGCAAAAACUGCAUCACUCAGCACUGGGACAUGAAUGUCAUGUGUCAGGCUUCCAUGUGUAAAGAGACUUUCUACACUAGACCUUAUCUGAGGGUCAACACAUUGCUCUCUGAGGUGGUCGCUCAAUUCAGACGUGAAGCUCAGCAGAAAGCCAGCAGCAGCAGCUCAGAGCAACAAGCUGUCAAACCAGAAGAAGUUCCCUGUGACAUCUGCACUGGAACCAGACUGAAGGCACUGAAGUCCUGCCUGGUGUGUCAGGAGUCCUACUGUCAGACUCACCUGGAGCCUCAUUUGACAAAGAAAGACCUGAAAAGACAUCAGCUGAUUGAUGCUGUGGAGAACCUGGAAGGCAGGAUGUGUAAGAAGCACGAUAAACUUCUGGAGCUGUUCUGUAAGACUGACCAGACAUGUGUCUGCGUGCUCUGCUCUGUUUCAGACCACAAGAACCAUGAGUUUGUUCCUCUGAGAGAAGAAUAUGAAGGAAAGAAGGCAGAGCUGGAGAAGAAAGAGGUUGAAAUUCAGCAGAUGAUCCAGAAGAGACGACUGAAGAUUCAGCAGGUCAAAGAGUCAGUGAAGAUGAGUAAAUGUGCUGCAGACAGACAGAAAGCAGAAGGUGUUCAGGUCUUCACUGCUCUGAAAGAGUCUGUUGAUAGAGGCCUGAAGGAGCUCAUAAAGGAGAUCGAUGACAAACAGGAAACUACAGAGAAACAGGCUGAAGGUCUCAUCAAAGAUCUGGAACAGGAAAUCUCUGAGCUGAUGAAGAGAAGAUCUGAGGUGGAGCAGCUCUCACACUCUGAAGACCACCUGAGGCUGAGCUGA